AUGCACGCAACGGCCACGCAGUCGUUAUCGCGCAGGUUUGCCGAGUCGCCUGAUUUCCGUCCAGACGCCCAUUCGCUGACGCGCGGAUUCGACAGGACGCAGUUGCGCGGAAGGCCAGCGGAACCCACUCAAGCCCACCAAACAGCAUCUUCCGCGCAUCUGCAAAGCGACGAGGCUGCGCAGCAGAACGGUGUCCUGCAUUCCGACACACAUUGUCCAAUUCCACGCGACAAGCUCGACGUCCCCCAGAACAUGCACGUCCCAAGCAUGGCACACUCCUGCAGCACACCUGUUCUCCCACCUGUUUCCGGGCUCGGUACUUGA